AUGUUUUCUCACAACAGCUCCUACAGCUACGCCUGGCCUACGUCAGCCGUCUCCUCACCUUUCCGCACGUACCACCCGGCAACAGCGAAUACCGGUAUGUACAAUGCUGCACUCGCCGCGGUCAGUACUGUCGGUGCGGUGCAACACACUACUGCUGAUAGCCUUUCGUCUCUGCCCGUGGACGAUGCGCCUUCAGACGCCGUAAACCUACUUUCAUUGAACUUGAAUCUUUCCUCCGAGGGGAACGAUGCAAUCGCUACUGUUCGAUCAUUUAGGAAACCCAAUGUUGUUAAGAGUCUCACAAUUGCAAGUAAUGGAGAGGUUAAGAGCAUUGGUGCCGGUAACCUGUCUGGAACACUCCGACCUGAAAGUCGCGGCACUCCUGCAACAUCAGCAACAGCGACAUGA